GGAAAGCACAGCAAGAGAACACAAUUAAGAUGAUAAACCACACUCCUCUCUCCAUCUCCAUUCAUUUGCAGUAGCCAUCCAUUCCCACUCCUACAUAUACCAAUAAAAAUACAAUUAUAUACUUCUCUCUCUCUCUCUUCAUUUCCUUCCUUCUCAGAAAACAGAUAGGAAAAAAAAAAAAAAAAAAACAAAAGCUCUGAAGCUUGAAUAAAAGUCCCUUUCCUUUACGUUUCUUCUUUUCCCUCAUCUUCUCUCUGUAACUGAAAACCAUUUCUCUCUCUCCCUCUCUCUUUUUCUUGGUUGAUAAUGCUACCGAGGUCGAACGGCGCCGUUUGGAUGGACGGCGACGAAGAGGAAGCGUCGUCGUCGUGGACGAAGACCAACAACAACAAGGAGGAAGAGGACAUGGCUGCCGCCAUGGGAGGUGUUGUUUCCUCCUUUUCUUCCUUCAAAUCUAUGCUUGAAGGUGACUGGUACAGCAUCUCCAAUCCUCUCAACAACCUCCACGCCGGCGCCGGCGGCUUCUCCGGCGACCACAACAACGCCGGUCUUCUUCUUCAGCCAAUCGACUCCUCCGCCUCCUGCUCUCCCUCUCAGCCCUUCCCUCUCGACCAAUCUCACCAACCUCCUCCUUCGUUUCUCCCUCCAAAGUCUUGUUUCUCCUCUCUCCUCAACUUCGACAAUGGCGGCUUCGAUUUGAGCGCAUGCGAGAGUUCCGGAUUUUUCCUCGGUCCUCCUGCUUCCUCCAAUUCCCCUGUUCUGAUGGGUUUCAACAACUCCGAGCUGAGUUCCAGCUCCGAGUUCGGGGCUUCCACGACUCGGUUUCUCCCUCUUCCACCGCCUCCUCCUCCUCUCUCCUCCUCCGAUGCCGCAAUCGGCGGAUUCAGCCCCGCGGAUUUCGAGGGUUUCGACAAUGGCUCCGCAAAUAACACUUCUUUGUUUCUGAACAGGGCUAAGGUUCUGCGGCCUCUGGAGGUUUUCCCUCCGGUGGGGGCCCAACCGACGCUGUUCCAGAAACGCGCGGCGGCGCUGCGGCAGAACUCCGGCGGUGGCGAUAGUGUUAGUUUGGGAAACUUGGAGGUUUCGGGGUUGGAGAGUGGUAAGAGGAGGAAAAGGAGUGAUUACGAGGGCGAGAUUGAGGAGGCGAGUCUUGACAUGUCUGGGUUGAAUUAUGAUUCCGACGAAGGGAAUGAGUAUAGCAAAGCUAUGGAGGAGAAUGCGAAGAGCAAUUCGAAUGCGAAUAGUACUGUGACCGGUGGAGUUGAUCAGAAGGGUAAGAAGAAGGGGUUGCCGGCGAAGAAUUUGAUGGCGGAGAGACGACGGAGGAAGAAGCUUAAUGACAGGCUCUAUAUGCUUAGGUCCGUUGUGCCCAAAAUCAGCAAGAUGGACAGAGCUUCAAUUCUUGGGGAUGCCAUAGACUACUUGAAGGAGCUAUUGCAGAGGAUCAAUGAUCUGCAUAAUGAGCUGGAGUCGACCCCGCCGGGCUCUUUGUUGCCGCCUUCUACAAGCUUUCACCCUUUGACGCCUACUCCGCCGACCCUGCCAUGCCGUGUCAAGGAAGAACUAUUCCCUGGCUCCAUGCCAAGCCCUAAAAACCAGCCUGCAAGGGUGGAGGUUCGGCUGAGGGAAGGGAGAGCUGUCAACAUUCACAUGUUUUGCGCCCGCAGACCGGGUCUCUUGCUCUCCACUAUGAGGGCUUUGGACAACCUUGGGUUGGACAUCCAGCAGGCUGUUAUAAGUUGCUUCAAUGGGUUCGCUUUAGAUGUGUUCCGAGCCGAGCAAUGUAGGGAAGGCCAGGAAGUGUUGCCGGAGCAAAUCAAGGCGGUGCUUUUGGAUUCAGCUGGCUUCCAUGGCAUGAUGUAACUGACUACUCUCUAGCAGAGUUUGCAAGAAAAAGCGCGGUCCCGCCCCCUUCAAAUGGAGACAUGGAGGCACUAAUUACUAGUCUCUACUUUCUUUUCUACCUCUCAAGGGCUCAAUUCUCAAACUAGUAGAGUUUUGUAAAUGCAAUUUGCUUUUCAUUUCCCAUUAGUAAAGGUGCGUCCCAUAACCGAUCAAGAAUUAACUAGGUCAGCCGAUGUCUGUAGUUUUGGGUUAAUCAUCUUUAUUGUUAAAUAGAUAUUUCAUGUUAAAACUUCCUGUGUUGUCCUCAGUAACUUUUAGCUUUUUAGAAUAAAAUUCUGUUUUCUAUGAAUCUGCUGCU